AUGCUCCUUUCACAGCAGCUCGUGAGCGAGUGUGUGCGCCUUGCCACCUGCCGGCCUUUUAAAGGACGCAGGAGUGAGAGCGGGAGCGUGCAAUAUCUGCAAUUUGUCUCAGUGACUUGUUCCAUAGUGCCGCGAUGUCUUUCCCGCCCCUCCACAGUGACCAGGAUUGAACUCCCUGUCCCAGUGUGCCCUCUUACCCUCCCCUUCCCCACCCCCAACCCCCCACCCUCCCACCCCCACCCCCCCUACCCUCCCACCCCCACCCCCACCCCAACCCCCCCACCCCCCACCCCCCUCGUCCCAGUGUUUCUGCCCUAG